AUGGCGGGCAGCGAGCAGCUAGCACAGCUGGCACAGCUGGAGCAGCAGUUCACCCGGACCACCUUCAGCAGUGAGCAGCUGGCACAGCUGGCACAGCUGGCACAGCUGGAGCAGGAGUUCAGCUGGCAGCAGUACCUGGUGGGGCAGGAGCGCUGCCUGCUGGCCUGGAACCUGCAGUUCAGCCAGGAGCAGGGGAGCCCCCUGCCUCGAUCCGCCUCCUGUCCUCCUGUGAAAGUCUCGUUCCAAAACCGCAGGAUCAAGUGGAGGAAACAGAGCCUGGAACAGCAACAAGCCAAAGUGGCCAAAACGGCCCCCGCCGCCCCCCCGCCGCCGCUUUGCAUAGGAGCACGGCUGUCCCCGGCCCCCGCCCUCCAUAUAAGCGGCCGGGACGGCGGCGGCCGCACCGUCCCGGCCAUGCUGCAGAGCCCGGCGUGCCCCCGGCCCGGGCCGCCGCCCUCCAAGACCCCGUUCCACAUCGAAGCGCUGCUGGCCCGGGAGCCGCCGCGCCGCGGCCCCGCCGCCCCCGCCACAGCUGGAGACCAGACAGGUCUGGAAUUGUCUCACUGUGUGGGGACCACCCCGCUGGGUCCUGCUGGGCCUUGGAGGUCAGGGGGGCCCUGCAAGAUGAAGAGAGUGCGCACGGUGUUCAAACCAGAGCAGCUGGAGAGGCUGGAGCAGGAGUUCCUCAAGCAGCAGUACAUGGUGGGCACGGAGAGGGUGGACCUGGCUGCAACUCUGCAUCUCACAGAGACCCAGGUCAAAGUGUGGUUCCAGAACCGGAGGAUCAAGUGGAGGAAGCAGAGCAUGGAGCAGAAGGCAGCAAAGCUGUCUCAGUUCGGGGUGAUCCAGCCUGCGAGCGCCGACUCCACUGACAGCAAGGAGCACGAGGAGGACCCCGUGGACGUGGAGCUUUGA